UUAAAGGUUAUGUUUUGAUAGCUUGGGCGGCAAUUUUCAUCCGUCCAGUGAUGGUGCAAACUUGAAUAGCUUAUCGUUAGUGUAAGAAAAUCCGUAAAUCAAUCAAAAAUGUCGAAGGGCAAGGUGAACGCGGACUGGAAAAAGCGCGUGAAGCAGGAGUAUAUGCGUCUCCGACAACAAAAGAGGUACAAGAGAGCAGAUGAUGUUAAAUUAGCUUGGAACGAAAACAGAACCAAAAUGAUGGACACACUAAUCGACGAGCAAAAACGGUGGACGGAGAGUAAGGCUUACUGGACGGGAAAUCCAGAUCUUCCUGCCCAUGCCACAUGUAUGAAAAAGGCUGAAGUUAUUGGCAAUGAAGGUGAUAUUCAAGUGGCUACAAUUAAAAUAAUAAAUGCUGUUACACCUAUACCUACAAUGUAUACAUGGGCACCAAUACAGCAAAACUUUAUGGUAGAAGAUGAAACUGUUUUACACAACAUUCCAUACAUGGGUGAUGAGGUUUUGGAUCAGGAUGGAACCUUCAUUGAAGAACUUAUCAAAAACUAUGAUGGAAAAGUGCAUGGAGACAGAGAAUCUGGCUUCAUAGAUGAUGAACUGUUUGUUGAAUUGGUACAUGCACUUAUGCAAUACCAAGACAAAGACAAGGCAGAAAAAAAAGACAAAGACAAGGACAAAGAUAAGGGCACAGAUGAAAAGGAAAGUAAAGAAAAGGAAGAAAAAGAAAAAUCUCCAGAGGAUGAUAAGAAAAAGAAAGAAGAACUGGAGUUUCCCAUCCAAAUGAUAUUUCAAGCAAUAUCUUCACAAUUUCCUGAUAAGGGGGGACCUGAAGAACUGAGAGACAAAUAUAUUGAACUGACUGAAAGAACAGACCCAAAUGCCCCACCAGAAUGUACACCAAACAUUGAUGGACCAAAUGCAGCAUCUGUUCCACGAGAACAAACAAUGCAUUCAUUCCACACACUCUUUUGUAGAAGGUGUUUUAAAUAUGACUGUUUCCUUCAUCGUUUGCAAGCUUGCCAUCCUGGACCUAAUUUGCAAAAGAGAAGGGGUCCAGAUCUCAAAACUUUUACAGAAGCUUGUGGACCAGAUUGUUUUAUGAUGCUUGAAGUUGUAAAAGAAAAAAUGGCUGCCAAAGCAAAACUAGAGGAGGAGACUGAAAAGGAGACUAAGGGAAAAACCAGUAAAGUUUCAGUCGAGAACAGCGAUGUCAAAAUUGGCAAUAUUUCUAAUCCUAGGAAAAUUACAAAGCAACAAUCGGUAGACUCCGGUAACGAGGCCAGUUCAGAGGAUAGCAAUGACAGCAAUAAAUUCAAGGAUAGUGAAGGUGGAGAUCCAGUGUCUACUACAACAUCCUUCAGUUUACUGGGGUUGAUGGGCGCCAAUGACCACAAAGAAUGGACUGGUUCAGAUGAAAGUUUGUUCAGAGCCUUGCAUAGAGUAUUUCUGAACAACUACUGUGCAAUUGCACAAAUAAUGUUAACAAAAACUUGCCAACAAAUCUAUCACUUUGCUCAAAAAGAAGCGGCGGACAUCCCAGACGAGGAGGCAAUGAGGGACUACACACCGCCACGCAAGAAGAAGAAGAAGCACAGGCUUUGGUCCAUGCACUGUCGCAAGAUUCAACUCAAAAAGGACUCUAGUAGCAAUCACGUGUACAAUUUCACUCCUUGCGACCAUCCAGGUCAAAACUGCGACAACACGUGUCCUUGCAUUGGGGCGCAGAAUUUCUGUGAGAAGUUUUGCCAAUGCAGUUCCGAUUGUCAGAAUCGUUUCCCCGGUUGCAGGUGCAAAGCUCAAUGUAACACCAAGCAGUGUCCUUGUUAUCUGGCUGUUAGGGAGUGCGAUCCCGAUUUGUGUCAAACUUGCGGCGCUGAUCAGUUUGACACGACCAAGAUCACUUGUAAGAACGUUAGUGUUCAGCGUGGCUUGCAUAAGCAUUUGUUGAUGGCGCCGUCCGAUGUGGCUGGUUGGGGCAUAUUCCUUAAGGACAGCGCCCAGAAGAAUGAGUUCAUCUCCGAGUAUUGCGGGGAAAUCAUUUCGCAAGAUGAGGCUGAUAGAAGGGGAAAGGUUUAUGAUAAGUACAUGUGCAGUUUCCUCUUCAAUUUAAACAAUGACUUUGUUGUGGAUGCGACAAGGAAGGGCAACAAAAUUCGAUUCGCCAAUCAUUCCAUCAAUCCAAAUUGUUAUGCCAAAGUUAUGAUGGUUAACGGCGACCAUAGGAUCGGAAUCUUCGCCAAAAGACCCAUUCAGCCAGGCGAGGAGCUGUUCUUCGACUACCGGUAUGGUCCGACGGAACAGCUCAAGUUUGUCGGCAUUGAGAGAGAAAUGGAGUUUUUAUGAGACUUAAUAUUUAUUUUAACUUUAUAUUUUGUAUAAGAAUACAAUUAUUAUAUUAAUUA